AUGCCACCCAAAACUAGCGGUAAGGCUGCCAAAAAAGCGGGCAAGGCGCAGAAGAAUAUCUCAAAAUCUGACAAGAAAAGAAGCGCAGGAGGAAGGAAAGUUACGCAAUUUACAUCUACAAAGUCUGAAGCAGGUACAUCCCGAUACGGGUAUAUCCAGCAAAGCGAUGAGCAUCAUGAACAGCUUCGUCAACGAUAUUUUCGAACGUAUCGCUGCGGAAGCUUCCAGAUUGGCACAUUACAACAAACGUGCCACGAUACUAGCAGAGAAAUUCAGACAGCCGUACGACUAUUGCUACCGGGAGAAUUGGCCAAGCACGCAGUCAGCGAAGGUACCAAAGCCGUCACCAUACACCAGUUCAAAAUAAUAUAG